AUGGAGGAGGAGAAGGAAUCUAAAGAAAAAAUGCCUUUUCGUUGGAGUUCCACCGACGAAUGCACCAUCUUGGAGAAUUUUUAUGAAUUUGCAGGCAAAAAUGGGAAUUAUUCAAAGGCGUUCUACCAUUUUGUGAAGGGGAAAUUGAGUGGUGAGGUAUCCAAUUCUCAAUUGUCGACUAAAGUGUAUAGGUUGAGGAAAAGAUUCAUGAAGAAUAAACGUAAUGAUAAUAAUAAUAAUAAUAUGAGAGAGAAAUUUCCAGACGAGAAGGUGUUUGAGUUGUCGAGAAAUAUUUGGGGAGAUGAUCAGGAAAACCCUAAAAGUACUAUUGGAGGUGGAGGCCCAUCAUCAUCAUCUUCAAUAAAUAUUAUUCAAUGGAAGCCUGAAGAAGUUGAGCGGUUCUAUGAGAAAAGGUUUAAAAUAUUUCUUGAAAACAUGAAGCUUGACGUUACUUCCAUCCCAACUCAUGUUUUGGAAGACGUUAGAAAAGAAUGGGAAGAUGUGAGAAGAGCUAGAAAUGAUUAUGAGUUGAAGAAUGCUGACUUACUUGAAGAAAUUUCUGAUAUUAGAUGCACUCAGAAUGUGUCCUAA